GCUGCUAAUGUGGUGGUUUUAACCCUCAGUUCUGUCUGCAGGACGCCGCAGAAAGGCGUCGCUCCGGGGCACAGAAACCCAGAACCAGGAAGGUGGUCCGGGGAGGAGCCCAGCGUCUGAUUCCUGCCCCCUAGCUUCACCCAGCCUCCAGAGCAGGCCUGUACCCGCACGGAGAGGACCGAAAACCGGACGCUUUUAGGACUUUUCUCCGCUUUUUUCACCGCUUCGUGAGGACCAAAGAACCGGCAGUAUGGGCGCCUACGAGGAGAAAAAGGAAACCUGCGGAACAGUCUGCCUGAAAUAUCUCCUGUUUACCUUCAACUUUCUCUUUUGGCUGGCAGGGGGCGUCGUGAUGGCGGUGGGCGUUUGGACGUUGGUGGAGAAGAGCGACUACAUCAGCCUGCUCUCCUCCAAGACGUACGCUGCCUCCGCCUACAUACUGGUCCUGGCUGGAGCCAUCGUCAUGGUAACAGGCGUGCUGGGCUGCUGCGCCACCUUCAAGGAGCAGAGACGGCUGCUGCGUGUGUACUUUGUCCUGCUGCUGUGCAUCUUCCUGCUGGAGAUCCUGGCUGGAGUCCUGGCGUACAUCUACUACCAGCAGCUGAACGAGGAGCUGAAGCAGAACCUGAGAGAAACCAUGAUAGAGAAGUACCAGCAGAAGGACCAGGAUCACAUCACCAGAGCUGUAGAUAAGCUGCAGCAGGAGUUUAAAUGCUGCGGCAGCAACAGUUCGUCAGACUGGACUGAGAGUGUGUGGAUUCGCUCCAGAGACGCUCAGAGCAGGAAGGUUCCUGACAGCUGCUGUAAGACUCCCACUGAGCUGUGUGGAGCCAGAGACCAUCCCUCCAACAUCUACAAGGUGGAGGGCGGCUGCAUCACCAAGCUGGAGACAUUCAUCCUGGACCACCUGAAGAUCAUCGGAGCGGUGGGCGUCGGCAUCGCCUGUGUGCAGAUCGUCGGCAUGGUGUUUACCUGCUGCCUCUACCGCAGUCUGAAGGCUGAACCGUACUGAGACCAGAAGAAGGAGGAGGAGAUGAUGGUGAAGGAGGGAACUUCAGCCCACAGCUUCUUUUCUUUCCCUUCACUGAGGAGGAAUCAAACUGAACAUCCCAGGAUCUCAUCUAGUGACCAGCGGCUCAUGUCAUUAGGCUCUCAGACUGCAGAGAACACGAGUCCCAGCAUCAGCAUCAUCAUCA